AUGUCGUUCGACGGCUCUGGCUCCAGCUCCCGCGGUGGCUCGAGGCGUGUUGUUUCGUCCGCUGCACGCCCCGACUCGCCUACUUUACCUCCCUUUAGCAUUCCUGAGGGCGAAGGUCGUCUUUUUGAUGAAGUGGCUGGAGAGUACGAUCACCACACAACUAUCGAUGGUAGCCAGGAGCCGCAGGUUGAAGAAAGCCUGCAAGAGGCCAUCGACACUACCAUUCAAAGCCCUACCCUCAGCGAGCCUGAGACGGUUCUCUUAGUUCGUUCUCGGUCUGGUUCACCCAUUGUCUCCACCGAGCCUUUCCCCGAGCUCAAUAAUUCCGAGACCCAACCUCCUCCGGAUGGGUAUUGGGCACAAGAGCGGGCUUACGAUUACGCUCUGGGCAAGGUAGCAGAGGAAGACCGACGAUACAGAGAGAUUAACGAUUGUAUCGCUGCCCUCCGUGGCCCUCUGGUUUCCGUUGAAGAAGACAGUACUCAUAUGACGGUGUUGGAAGGUGUUCAUCCAUGCCCCGAAGUUACUCACUACGAUCAUUUCUGCAUCCAUCACGAGACUCAUAAGCAAACGCUCUUUACCAAGGUCACUGAUUUCCUCAACUUGAACGAGGAGAUUCCAGACACUUUUCGACGACGCUUCCUCUUAAUUUGCGCCAUGAUCGCUGAUAUGGAGGUCAUUUUCUUUCGUGGAAAGGAGUUUCCUAGUGACCCUAUACGGCUCGUCACUAUCGACGAACUUCGCAAAACUCUGCAGCACGCAGUUGAAAUCCGUCAAGUGCUUGUUGAUGUGAACUUCCUCAUCUCUCAGGAGAAAGACAUUGCAGAAUAUACUCGUUACCAUGUGGCUCAGGUGGCGGCUGAGCGUGGACUCACCCUGGUCGACCAAUUCCAGCGCAUGUCCCGGCUCAUUACACAAUACCUAAAACGCGUCCGCCACGCCGAGCAGACCUUUUUCGAGCUGUUCCUUCAGUUUUACGAUGUUUAUUUCUAUGAGGAUUUUCACGUCAUGUACAACAACCUCCGUGUCGAGCAUAGCAUGGCCCACAUCCCUCGCCGACUACAGGAAACAUCACACAUUCUGACCGCCGUCUAUCAGUUGCUUUCUCUCCUGGCCCAGGAGUACAAGGAGCUCGGCCAGAUCAAUGCCGAUAUCGGAAAAACCUACUUAACUCCUGUCCUGAAAGAACUUGCUUGUGGACCCUGCAUCUGUACCGAUAUUUUUGACCGCACUCCCUCCGCAGUAGAAGACCAGGAUCAGGAAGAGCCUCCUCAUCAUCAUCAUUGCCCCCGUAACGAUACCGGGGAAGCUCAAUCUCAAAAAGGCCUGGCCUCUAGUGGCGAUGGCUCCUCCGCCGACCCUCAGACUUAUCUUACACGGCACAUUUUUGCGCAGUGGCUUUCUUGUGAGGUUCCUUCCGAGCCUCGUUCCGAGCUUCGUCGGGUUGAAAGCACUCAACUUUCCACUUCGCCUUCCGAUGACAAUCACACCCAGCCCGAUCACGUUGGUCUUGCGGGUCAGCCUGCAAUAAUCCAGUCUAUUGAGGACCAUGAUCACCAUGGCCAUGGCGCAGGAGAUGAUCAGGAGAUACCCUCGCAGGCCUCUGAGAGCAUCACAGCCCAGGCUUCCAGCUUCGAAGAUGAAUCUGCCGAGAACUAUCAGAGUGGUUCUAUUCAAGAGUCUGCGAACCACUAUGCACGCGUCAAUCACGCCAACCAGAACGGCCAGAGUGACCUUUCACAAACUUCUAUUGAGUCUCAGACAGUUGGCUACUCUCCCUAUGAUGUUCCGCUGCCCAAUGGCCUCCCCACUAUAGAACAAAUGCAACAGCUCGAAGGCGACAUAUUUCGCAGGCUACGCGUUCCAAACGCCCCGGGUGACGGCAGCCGUACUUUAGCCAGAUUCCAGGAAGAAUACUUGCCUGAGCAGGCUUCUGCACCCGAGCAAAGUCUCAAAAGCGAGUUUGACUUCCUUGGUUUGAACUCUUCGAAUGAGGAUUGGCUUCCCUACGACCACGAUGCUGACAGGCAGGUCAUGGACGAGGAGUCCUGUGGCUACGAUGCUCAAAGCAGAAACGCCGGUAUGGCACUCUUCGACAUGGACCCCACCACCUUGGGAAACCAGCUCGAGCAAAUGGCUUCAGCCUACACCUACGAAAAUAACAACUACAGCCAUCCCAGGCUCCCUACAGACUUCCUUUUUCGCGACGAGACCCCCACUCCUUCAGCUCCUGUUCGCUACAAUGCCGAGAUUCGCAGAGACUUCACUGCUCCUAAUACUUUCCACAAUCACGCCCAUUACCGCCACAACCUCGAGAGUGGGCCCGUCUUUGGUUACACUGAAGCCCACGGCUCCUCGUUCUCCUCAGACAACGCACGCCCCGAGCUCCCACAGGACGAGUCAGGCCUUCGUAAUGGCGGCAUUCUUCGUGAAGACGGCACUUACUCUCCUCUUCUCCCCCCAUACACCGAGACUGCCCCGGAGCCGCGCUACAUUUCGCGCAAUGCUCACUUCCACGCUCCCAGACUGGGCCGUCGUAGUGCGCGUCAUUUUCAGCGUAGGUAA